CCCGAUGGAGGACCAUUCCUCUGUAGCUGCGUCCCCCGCGACUGAGCAUGACAGUCCCCGUUCUACUCCGCUCCAAGCUCCACUCUUCCCGCCCAUCCACACCCCAAGACAAGGAGCGGCGCCACAAGGAGAUGUUGAGCAUGAAGCCAUCAAGACAGCAGCGUGCAUCAAGCAGCCAGAGGAAGAGCACGCUGCACCUCCCCCGGCCUUCAACGAUAUUCACGACGAGAGUGGCGAUGCACAAGCCAAGGUUGGCGCGGAGCGAGUGUGGCCGCGGAUGGGCUCUGUCGCUGGAAUGCUCUUCAAAAACUCAGCCAAGAGAAAAAUGUGGGCAACGGAUGAGAGACGGACACUCCGAGUCGGUGGUGCUUGCAGAUGGAGUGCGUGCGUCUGUUUGCCUGUCUGUAUGUGUCGUGCAGUCCGCCCCUGUCUCGCCCCUCUGAUGCUGGUCCCAUGACGGCGUCAUCGUCUGUGUUCCCGCCCAACCCCUCGGCUAUUCUGCUGAACAAGCCGCAGGUCAUGAUGAUGACCACACGCGGGACUGACACCACAGCAGCCGACAGGAGGAGCCCCCAGGAAGAGACAGACGGACAGCUGGCCAAUAAUGCCAUCGGCAUCAGUGACAUCACACCAGAACUGGCCGCCCAGGUCAGCCACCCAGUCAAUCGGGCCCACCGAUUAAUCGAGCAAUCUGCACCAGGCCAGCCCAUGCUUGUGCUCUUCUUGCCUGUCUGUCUUGGUGGUUGUGUCUCCGAUAGGUAGUUCGGCAUUAUUUGCUCCCGAUGUUUGAGAAGAAGCGGAGAGCGCUGGGUCGCACCGACAUGAGCACAGCCCCUCCACCAAAGGCGAGCGCACCGACCACUGCCGCUGGUAGUCCUGGCAAAGCAGGAAGCAGAGAGACACAGACAGGAAUGGCAGAUAUGGCGACUUUUGCUUCCCAGGCAGCCAUGGUGAGGGCGUGUAUGCUGAAUUGAAGCUCAGCGACUCACUCUUGGCGCAGCUGGAGUUGGCCAAGAACGAAAUCAGUGCGUCGUUGUGGGCAGCCAGCCAUUGCCUGCCUUCAUUGAUUUGUCUUAUGGUGUGUGUGUGUAGAUGAGCUUCGUGAACGUCUGGAGAACUGCGAUGAGGAUCGUCAGCAGUUGCAGAAGACCACACACCAGCUCAAGUCAGAGAUCGAUCAGCUGCAGAGAGAGCUAUCGACCACACAAUUUCAGGUAUACAGACGCACACACCGAUUGACCACCAUACUCUCUGUGCCUCCAUCAUUUGAAUGCCUUCCUUUCUCCCUCGGUGUGUUUGUUUGUUUGCGCGUGCAGGAGGAGGCGAUCCGCCAGCGAGCGGAGGAGGCCGAAUCCGAAUGCCUCCUGCUCAAGAAACAGGUAUGCGUGUGUCGAAUCUCAGGUGCAGCACCCACUCAUAUGUCGCGUUCCCCAUCUAUCCGCCUCCUUGUUUGACUCGUUCGCUAGGUGACAGAGCUGGAGCGGUAUCUGCAGGAGAGCCACACGGAGUGCCGUGCCCUCAGUGCCCGGGUGUUCGAGCAGGAGGCACUCACCGACCAGCUCCAGCGCACCGUCGCCUCACAGCAAAACGCACACGCGCUCUCAAAUCUGGAGAAUGAAGUGCUGGCGGAACAGGUACCAAAUACAUGCAUUCGCACAAGGCAGACAAGGCUGAUGGAUGCAUUUGUGAACGUGUCGUCCAGGUUCGCAAUUUGCAUUCCGCGGCCUUUCAGUUGUCGGACAUCAAGGCACUGCAGGACAGACUCUCCUUCCAACAGGUGGCGUGUAUGAAUUGGCACACUCGCUGCCAAUGACUUCAUGUGUGUUGCGUGUGUUAAUGAAUGUGACAGGAGGUGUCUGAGGAGAAGUUGUCGGCCGUCCACGAGUACAAGGAGCAAAUCGAGCUCGAGCUGGCCAAGCUAGCCAAGGAGAGAAACCAGCUCAUGGAGAGCAAAAAAGACCUGAUGGGACAAAAGGAGAUACUAUCAAAUGAAAAACAACGGCUCGAGAACGACCUGGAGGCCAAUCGACAGAGGGCACACACAGAGAUGGUCGGUAUGCCUGUCAUAAUAGUCUGCCUGUCUGUCUGUCUGCGUCAAGCGGAUGAGUGUCGCCGUAAAUGUGCCUGUCUCAACAGGUGCAGUUGUAUGAGGAGAAGGAGAACAUCCGAAAGGACCGCGACAAAAUCGAGAAGAAGAUGAAGGAAAUGGGCGAAGACAGAGACAAGCUCAAACAAAGACUCAAAAAAUACAGGCAGGCACAUUCACACACGCAGCAUAGCAUAAGCCCAUGUCUCUCUCUAUCCAUGGAGAAAUGCCCCUUCUUGGCUGUGUGCAGGGCCCGUCGGAAGAUGUUUGAGGCGGAGCAGAAGACGUGCAAGAACUGCGGCCGUGAUUACCUAGAGAGCGAGAACUUCAACUGGAGCUGCCGCACGCACCAAUCGGAGUUCGGUGGGGAAAUGUGGUGGUGCUGCGGCAAGCUGGGCAAAGACGCACCAGGUGGGUCAGGACCCAUCAAUGCAUUAAACGACCGGUCGGUCGGUCGGUCGGCAGGCAGGCAGGCAGCAGGGCCGCGUUUGUUUUGUUCGGUGUAGGGUGCAAGUUCAGCAAGCACGAGUCCAAGGAUGAUGACGACGACCUCGACGAACAGGAGAAACAGGAAAAGGAAGAGGUCAGCCAAUACGUUGGUCGACCCACUCGCUGACACCACACGCACAUGUGUGUCGAUGGACAAAGUCAGGCUGAGCGCAAGAUCCGCAAUCAGAACAUCAGAUGCUUCUGCUGCAAGGAAAUCGGACACAAGGUACGUAUGUAUGCCUUCUGUCUGCCGUUGUGUGUAUGUCCUGUGGAUGUGGAUAUAUGUUUGUGCAGGGAAAGGAGUGUCCGCGCGACCCCAACCCGCGCACUAAAUACUCCGCCCCGCGAGAAGCACGCAGAAUCGACCUGCUCAAGAACACAACCAUACAAAACGUCAGGAUACAGGUACGUACGUUGGGUGGGCUGUCGGACCUGCGCUCUGACGUGGGUGUGUGUAUGCACCUUCCUUUGUGUCGUGUCUCGAUAUCUAUCGUGUGGGUGUGGUGUGCAGGGCGGUGCCGCAUUGGUGAAGGCGUUGGAUUCCAAGAGUGGGUACGACGCACUGAAGGAAAACAACGUCAUGCAGGAGCCGACACUCUUCCAGGUGAUCGAUAUACACACGUAACGAAGACACACAAGAGACACAAGAAGGUCGCUCAAGUGUCCCCAUGUGUCUGUCGAUGUGUGUGUGUAGGAUCUCGUCAAGGUACAUUGAAGGAGGAAUAAUAAUAAUCGUCGAUCUGCCAACAGUUGUCGAUGCAUUACUCAUUCUGUCUUUCUUGAUUGUCCACGCAGCUCCACACCCGGCCAGCUCCAGCUGAGGGAGGUCAGCCACGUACCCACACACCCGCCCCUCUCUCCCCCCGUCUCAGUCACUGUCUGUGUGUCUCCGUCUGUGUGUGUGUCUCUGUCUGUCUGUCGCUCCCUUCAGGUGGGUCCCCCCGUGUGUUGUCAUCCGAUGCGGUGGGUGCUGACAAUGAAGACGACGAAGAUGAGAGUGAGGAGGACAGCGACGAAGAUGAGGACAAGGAGUCCGACGUGGACUCGUCAGAAGAAGAUGACACCGCUGCCAAGGGCAAGACCAACAAGGCCAUUCAGGUGGGUCAUCACUCGAGCGGAGGUCCCAUGCGGGGAGGCUUAUGUGGUUGUCUCGUGUGGUGUUCAGGAAAUGGAGGCGCCCAUGGUGCCCUAAGACAUUUGAAGCAGCCAGGGGCCACACACCUGUACUUGAUUUGGUUCCGGCGAUCACUCGUGAAUGUCUUUCGCUCUUGAUAUUUUUGGCUGGGGUGCGUCGUAGUGACAGGAUCGCUCUGCUCGUCGUGUGUGUUACCAGUAGGAAGCCCGAUCUGCAAAACGGAGCUUAGGGGCGGUGCGGGGAAUGUAUCUUCGAUCUCUUGUAUGUUCAUUCACUGGUCGAUGUAGACACAUUCAUGGCUCGCGCCGUGCUCCACUGGCGAGAGAUCCAUGCAGCAGCGGGAGAAACGGGUGACAAAGGUCCAAAUCCAAUAGAUCUCGAC